UGGCUUGUCCAAAGUCACACUGAUGUUAAAUGUCGGGGGUCACAUUUGAACUCAGGAAAUGUCCUGGCCCUCUGUACACUGUACCACUUGGGGGCCCAAAGUAUUUCAUUAAUACUCUUUUAUCAAACACUCUGUGCAAGGCAUAUGAUACAAAUAAAACAUUAAUCUCCUGACAUUACCUUAAAAUUUUAAGAGCAGAAAAAUGAAUCAGAAUUUGUGUCAAAGCACAAUGGAGUCAAUGAUUAAAAAAAAAAGUCUACUAACUCGGCAAAUUGAAUUCACAAUUAAAAUUUGUUCCAGGGUUUUAUAUAAAAGAAAUGCCAUAUAAAAACAGUUCUUUGAUCCAACCACCAUCUCGGUCAAUAAAUAACCAAGGACCCUUAGAUACAUACAUACACACACAGAUGAAGGAUGGUGAAGGGGCGUUUAGGGUCCCCAGGGGUAGCUAACCCAAACCCCGCCCCAAGCUUAGAACAGAAACAGAUGAGCACUUCGACAGCACAGCAGAUGCUCUUCCCUCUCUGCUACUACCUAUCCCAGAUAGGAAGGCUAGGAGGAUCCCUACUCAAUUGCGCUACGUUGCUAUUGGAUGUUCUCCCAGAAGCCAAUCAGGAAGAGCGUCAGUGCGCAAAUUGAGGGGAGGGGAGCAUUGUUUUUUACAAGUGGAGGUCUGCCUUUUUUUUCCUUCUGUCUCCCUUCCUCUCCCCUGUUGUUUUGUUUCUCCUAGAUUUCUUUAGGAGCCUGAGAAGUGAUGCAAAUCUCUGUAGCUUAAAGAAGGCUCCAGCAUCUCUCCCUCAUCAAUCUUUUCCUCUUCUCCCGCUAUGGGGCUAAUUUGGGGCUCAUAGGAGUUAAUGGGUUUCCCAAGUGCUCCCAGCCAGUCAAACUCCAGCCAGGAGAUGGCUUAAGAAUCAAAAGGAGUUAACAGACUGAGUUUGAGGAGGGAAAAUUAGGAAAAAGAAAGACCAAAAAUAAAAACCCCAUUAAAUACAAUUUUAAAAAAGAGCAAAGAGAAGAAGGCGAGAGGAAGGAAGAAGAUGAGUUUCUCCGAGGACGAGUUGAGCAGCCUUUGCCAGGAAGCGCUGCACAUCGUCGCGGAGCUCUGCUUCGCGGGACAGGUGGAGUGGGAGAAAUGCUCUGGCAUCUUCCCCCCAGAUAAAGCCAACCGGGGUGGAGACAACACAGAUAUCUCUAUCAGUCUUUUAGCUGUAAUAGUCACCUUUUGUGGACUGGCCUUGGUGGUGGUCUCAUUCUUUGUCUUCUGGAAGCUUUGCUGGCCAUCUUGGAGAAGUAAACUUCUUACUUCCAAUAUCGGUACCCUGCCACAGAGCAUCUCCAGUGCUCCAGUCUUGGAGAUUAAUGAAAAAGAAGAGAAAAAUGAAAACAUGAAGGUGUCCCCAAAAAUUGAGUCUGCAAUGAAAAUUAGCCACACUUCUCCAGAUAUACCCACUGAGGUACAAAAUGCUUUGAAAGAACAUCUCAUUAAACAUGAACCUGUCCAGAGGCAAACAACUGAGCCCACAUCUUCAUCCAGGCAUAAUUCCUUCAGGAGACAUCUACCAAGGCAAAAGCAAGUGUCCAGUGUUGAUUUUUCUGUGGGCACAGAACCAUUUUCAUGGAGGGGAGAGACAACCACCAGCAUUGGGAGAAUAAAGCCUGAGCUCUAUAAACAGAAAUCAGUUGACUCUGAGGGCAGCAGGAAAGAAGAUGUCAAAACUUGUGGGAAACUUAACUUUACUCUCCAAUAUGAUUAUGAAAAUGAACUACUCAUUGUUAAUAUUAUCAAAGCCUUAGAUUUACCUGCAAAAGACUUCACAGGAACAUCUGAUCCUUAUGUGAAAAUAUAUCUUCUUCCAGAUAGGAAAAAGAAGUUUCAGACCCGGGUACACAGAAAGACUUUAAAUCCCCUAUUUGAAGAAAUCUUUCAGUUUCCUGUAGCCUAUGAUGAAUUGAGCAACAGAAAACUACACUUAAGUGUAUAUGAUUUUGAUAGAUUCUCUAGACAUGACAUGAUUGGGGAAGUGAUUUUGGAUAAUUUUUUUGAAGUCUCUGAUCUUUCCAGAGAAGCUUCAGUGUGGAAAGAUAUCCAUUGCGCCACUACCGAAAGUAUAGAUCUGGGUGAAAUCAUGUUUUCCCUUUGUUAUUUACCUACGGCUGGGCGUAUGACAUUAAUAGUCAUCAAGUGCAGAAAUCUCAAGGCAAUGGAUAUCAUGGGAUCAUCAGAUCCAUAUGUAAAAGUGUCAUUAAUGUGUGAGGGCCGAAGAUUAAAAAAAAGAAAAACAACUACUAAAAAAAAUACUUUAAAUCCAAUUUAUAAUGAAGCCAUAAUUUUUGAUAUUCCUCCUGAGAAUGUGGACCAAGUCAGCCUUUUGAUUGCUGUCAUGGAUUAUGAUAGGGUAGGACACAAUGAGGUAAUAGGAGUAUGUAGGACAGGACUGGAUGCUGAAGGUCUUGGACGAGAUCAUUGGAAUGAAAUGCUAGCCUAUCACAGAAAACCAAUAACUCAUUGGCAUCCAUUGCUAGAAUUACCUGGACGGGCGACUAGUUUUGAUAGUCAAGGGUCCUGUUCAUCUCCCAAAAAAUCACCUUAGUAUCUUCAGGAUGAACUUCAGAUUGUCAGCACCCAGAAGCCUAUCUUCCUCAAGUCCACAAAGAGAUAUGAUUUAGCUUCUUCAUCUAAACCAUAAACAUAGUUCUGUAUAAAAUUAAGGUUGUUCCUAUUUUGCUGUUGUCUUGCUGAUUAUUAUAAUUUAAUAUUUCAUAUAAGUGAAACAUUUCUUCCUUGUGCAAAGACAUAUAUUGGUGUCUAUUGUUAUGCCUAUCAUGACGUUAUUAUUAUUGUGACAGGACCAUGCUCUAUCUGUCUAAAUAUUAUUUCUAGAAGUCAUCCUUCUUUAUAUAUAUUCAUCAAGUGCAAAUAAUAAAUGAUCAUUCAGUAAAAUACGUAACUUACUGAUUUUGUUAAAGCUAUAAUAGUUGUAUGUCUAUGAACACUAGAUUCUGUAAUUGUAUGGACAAUUUCAAUUGAGGGAACUUUCAAAAAUCACUUAAACUUUCUGAAAGGAGUAUGUUUCCUUGUCCUUAAGUUGAAGACAUUCUUCUCUAUAGUCCUUUCUUCUGUCCUAUGUAAUUUUGUACUCUGCCCUACACUAGUAAAUAAUGGAUGCUUGGAGUUUAUUGUAAAAUUCUUCAUAGUUAUCAGCUCCUUCUGGAAUAAUCUUGAUGUUAUUUUUGUAGCAUUAUAUUGGACUUUUCAUCCAUUCUAAAUAGCAGCUUUUUAUUUUACUGUGUUUGGUGGUGUCACUGCCAGAAAGUUUUGAACUUCAAGAAAGAGAAGUAUUUGAAGAGUAAAAGAUUUUUUAAAAUCUUCAUUAUUAAUUUAAGGACUAAUCAGUAGCUAGAAAAUGAAAACAAAGAAAUUUAAAUUUAAAGAAAAGUUAGUAUCCAUUUCUUUGGUCUGUUUCAAUUAGUCAUUUUGAAUAAGCAUUAAUGUUUUUGAGAUUAAUGAAAUCAGAUUGUUUACCUUUAAGAUUGCUCUUAUAAAGUUUUCAAUGCAUCUAAUGUAAAAUUUCUGUAAUGUAACAUUUACUACAUAUCAUAUAUUUGCAUACGAUAGACAUUUAUAGUAAAAUAUACUUUCAGAACAAA